AUGGCGACGCACUUUACAUUUUCGUUCUCGCGGACGCCAGUGACCUUUAACAACCACGUCUUCGUGAAGACCCUCACGGGCAAGACUAUCACCCUUGAGGUGGAGUCGUCGGAUACGAUCGACAAUGUGAAGACCAAGAUCCAGGACAAAGAGGGUAUCCCACCAGACCAGCAGCGCUUGAUCUUUGCUGGCAAGCAGCUUGAAGAUGGCCGCACCCUAAGCGACUACAACAUCCAGAAGGAAUCGACUCUUCAUCUCGUCCUUCGUCUGCGUGGCGGUCUCAUCGAGCCGUCUCUCAAGGCUCUUGCCUCAAAGUACAACUGCGAGAAAAUGAUCUGCCGCAAGUGCUAUGCCCGUCUGCCGCCGCGAGCUACCAACUGUCGCAAGCGAAAGUGCGGCCACACCAAUCAGCUCCGCCCGAAGAAGAAGAUCAAAUAA